CGACACACCCCUUCUCCAUAUCUUUCUUUAUCCUCAUCCAUUACCCUUACAGCCUUACUCCUUCAUUUUCAAACACAAAAACAAAAUCAGCUACCUUACUCCUUUCUCCCUCACUCACGGCCGACCCACGAACACCACCAUCAACCGGCAGCCCAGCCACGAGCUCCACCACCAACAGCAACCACUUCUCUUCCUUCCUUUAUUGUUGUUCAUCAAGAUUGAAAGUUGAAGGGUCCUCCAAUGGUGAUUGAGGGUCUAUCUCUUACAGGGGGUAGAUCCACUUUCAGGUUGCCAUCUUUAGUGCAGAUGGAUGUGCUGCUCAUUUAUGUGUCAUGUGUUGCGAUAGCGAGGACAUCGUUUUCGAAAGGUUGUCUGAUAUAUGAAAUCUUUGCUGGUAUGAAGCUUAACAAGACAGAAGAACUCCGAAAUACUUCUUCAAUUCCAAAGUCGUUGAUUCCAGAUUAUCAGAUAUUAUUGAGUUCUAUGCCAUCCAAGAGAUUAAAUACUUCCAAGCUUAUUGAAAAUAGUGGUUACGCUGCUGCACAAACUUGGUCAUGUCAAAUGGGACAUGUUGCUGUUACUAACAAUGAGAAAAAAAAAUUAAAAGCCCAAAGUCGCUGUUACUAACAGCGACUUAAAAAAAAAUUAAAAGCCCAAAGUC